UUUUCACACGUCUAGUUUAGUAAAUAUAUCAGCGUUGAAAUAUUUGCUGUUGGACUUAAAUCUUUUUAUAUACGCGGCUUGGAUUCGAUACAAGGAAUAUUUGUUCUUAGAUAUAUAUCUAUUUCACUUAAGAAAUAAUUUAUUGUAGAUAUUAGAGAGUGUCAAAAGUUAGUUAACUUCAAAAAAUAUUUAUUGGUAGUUUACUGGUGUAUAGAUUUGUGUUCUUGCGUGCGGAAGGGUACCGUACCAUAUUUGACUAGUUUUAUUAAGAUUUGCGUUGCGGCCUCUUGAUUCGAAAGAUUUUAAGACGAGUUGCAGGUGUUCAGCUUGAACCAAGGAUUUAAUCUUAAUUUUGCGAAUGAAAUGAUUUCUUUAUUGACAAUCUACGUGUUUCUGCAGAUGUUAGUAAACAUUGAUGGAAGUAUAAGAGACAGGUUCUUGCUUCAAAAGCAUGCAGGUAGCCCGAAGGAGAGGUUCAACGUGUUAAUUCCCGAGGAGGUUGAUUAUGGAAAAAUUUAUCAAAGUUUUCCAGGCUGUCAUCUCGGAAAUUCUUUUUAUAAACUUGGAGAAAAGUUUAACCCAACCUUAAAUCCAGAUGGACCAUUCGUUUGCCUCAUCUGUCAGUGUGUACCAAACAUUAAGAAGGGCAUUGUGCAGCAUAUUGGAAAUGUUAAGUGCAAAAAUAUUAAGAACCUAUGUCCGGUGCCCCAGUGCGACAAUCCGGUGUUAUUGGAUGGAAAAUGCUGCAAAUCUUGUCCAAACGAAGACAAAACAUUUGAAGAUAUGCUCAGUCUUCUACCAGGUAAAAUGUCAAAAGAAAUUGAUAAGGCUCUAAACUGGGAACACAACAAACGCCGAAAAGUUAUGAACAAGAAGUAUGUUGCACUACUGGUAGGACGCAAUGUCAUUUCAAGUCGACCGCUGCUGACUCGCGCAGUCGCAGUCGUGCACCUUCGUGUGACUCCAAAUUUAGGAUUGCGCUUUUCCAUUAAAUACGAAGGACUUAAAAACCCAGAAAAACUUUUGCUGACAGAUAAGAACGGAAACAUUUUGAUGGAAAAACGUCUCCAAAGAAGAUAUCCGGACAAACAGAUAUGCGGGGAAUGGGAAAAUGUUCCUGAAUUUUACUUCCGGUAUCUACACAAAGGGAUGUUUUUACUGGUAAUAACGACGUCAUCAUUCAAAAAUGGUGAAGUUGCCGGUAAACCGGAAGUUGACAAAUCCAGACAGCAAAGUACAUUUUCUACAAUACUGGUAUCUCCAAAUCAGUAUGGUAUCGGAGGUUACGCGGAGUUAUUUUACGGAAUUCGAAGCAAAAGUGUGGAAUACACUGUCAAGUUUGACGGUCUUUAUAAUGUAAUACGAAGAAAGCAAGAAUAUUUUGUUACCAUUGAAAAGAGAACCCAGAUUCUUCAUAACCUGACCAAAAAAGUACGCAGAAGAAAGAAUAGCAAACUCCGGGGUACUUGGUUGGCCCUGAAUAAAAAGAGCAGAAAACUUAUUGCGAAAGCGAGGUUGCGAAUGAGGGUCACUUCUAAAGGGGGGACAACCAUUAUUGGUACUAUAACACCCUCGGGUACAUGUGGAGCAUAUAUAGGUGUACUUUCAAGUGGUGAAGCACUAAUAUACCCACAAAUUGCAUUGUCAAGUGCAGGCUUUGCAGUUCUAAAUCUACACGACAAUGGACAAAUAAGUUACAAUAUAGACUUGAAAGGUAUGACUAGUUGUGUUACUUACCUAACCAUAGAAUCAUUACCAACAAAAACAGGAAGGAGGACCGUUAUUUAUAACCUCAGUGGACAUUUCAGAAGGAAUUCUUCUUCUUGUGAUGGAACAGCAUCAGGUAUUAUAAAAAACGUACGAGCAAAAUAUAUAGCUUUACUACUUGCUGGAAGGUUAUUCCUCAACGUAGAAACGGAACGGAAAUCAUAUCUAGCUCUCAGGGGACGAAUAGAAAACAUUCAAUAUAGUGACGAUAUUGACUUUACUAAAGACACGCCAUUUUUGAUGACGUCAUUACAAACGUCACCAACAGGAGUAGGAGGAGUGGCUUGGUUAGUUCCCGACCAAAAAUGUCGUCUUCAUUAUCAAAUUAUCUUAUCUGGUCUACAAGACUAUUCAUCCUUGAAUGCUCUUCUGGUAGGAGAAUUCGAUUCCAAGGCAACGCAGUUCACCAAAAAUACGAUAUACACUCUUGUUAUAUCCAACUUUAUCAAUGGAAUGGCGCGCGGUGUAAUGGAUGACAUUUCACCGGAAGUUUACAAAAGUUUGAAUGCUGGGACAUCAUUACUUCAGAUUGGUGUUACUGGGAUCAGAAAAGGAGAAAUAGUAGCAAAUCUAAGCAUACCAAAUUCAUGUUGGAACUUACUUCGUGAUGAAACAAAAACUACAAAAGGUCCUGGAAGUAAACCUCUACCAACAUUAGGAAAGAAUGAUUGUAAAGAUGGAGGCAAAAUUUACCACAGUGAUGAAAGCUGGAUUCCCUCGAAAAAUGGCACCUGUCGAACUUGUAGUUGUAAGAAUGGAAACGUUCUUUGUCAUCAAGUGAUAUGUCCAAAACUAACAUGUAACAAUCAAGUACGCAUGGACGGCGAAUGCUGUCCCACGUGUCCAGAAACGCUGACUCAGGACAAUGGGACGUGUUAUUAUCCGGGAGAUAAGCGGCACUACCGUGCAGGAACCGUUUGGCAUCCAUACAUUCCGCCCAAUGGAUACUCAACGUGUGUCACGUGUACUUGUGACAAGAACAGUUUACAGGUCAGAUGUACACAUUUACCAUGUCCUGUGCUUAAUUGUUCGAAAGGAUAUAGGGUUCGUGUAAAAAGGAGUGACUGCUGUCAGGUGUGUUCAGACAGAAAUUUAUUAGCAGAUAUAAUUAAAAGCACAAUGCCACCAUCUGAAGAAAGUACAAACGGCGAAUGUAGGAUAGGAAAACAGGUAUACAAAAAUAAAACUCGGUGGCACCCUGUUCUGAGUUCCCACGGAGCCGUCAAAUGCGUUACAUGCAAAUGUAAAAAUGGAAAAAUACAGUGUAAAAGAAGGUCGUGUAGAAGAUCGUGUAAAGAGGGAUCGAGGAGAAAAAAUAAAUGCUGUAGUUGUGUUCGAUAAUCUACUGAAUCCAGCAGAAGUUAACAGAAUUUCAAACUUUAACUAAUAUGAACAAUGACUGAACUCUGUGAUAUGAGAUUGAGGCACAAGAUGGCAUGGGAAUUAUAACAAGUAGCAAUUCAAAUUUCAUGGCGAAAAAUCAUUAUUGAAUCAAUUUAAACGGCAUAAAGAUGUUUUUUGACACUGAAUGAUGUCUUCGUUUAACUGAUUAGUUAAUUAUCAUUUUUUUAAACUGUAUUUCAAUUGAUGAUAAUCAUGCUGUCCUAUAAGUACCUGAUGUGAUUCCUUCCUCAGAUCAAUAUGUUUGAGUGCAAUAACUUUAAUAAAUGUGUGAGUGGUUAAUCUAGUAGUAUUUGUAUGUGUACCUUUUGAAUUGUUUGUCGGAUGAACGAUUUUUUAAUAAUUUACAGAUGCAAUCAUUAUUAAUGUGAAUUUUAUUAUCAAUUGCAUUUUAUUGCAAUAUUCCUUUUUUUCUAUGGGCGUAUAUAUUUUGAGAUGAAGCCAUCUAAA